GGGUCUAUUUCUGUAGUCGCUCAAGGGUUAUCACCCCACUUGCUCUGACUCUCUCCCCCCAUCUAUUUCUGUCGACCCGUCUCGUUUCCCAACUCUCUAACCCACUUCCACAACAUCAUGGCCGACAGAACCAACCGAUUAGGUGUUCGUAGGAAGGAGAAAACGCAGGAAACCAAAGCAAAUGAGGAAAAGGACAAGGAGAAGGUCAAAGAGAAGGCUGUAAAAAACACAGACAAAGUUGCUAAAAAGUUAGAGAAGACCCCAGAGCCACACAAGACAGAUGAGAAGAAGACUAACGGGGAAAGUGAAGGAGCAGCAGGAGCAGACGCAAAUAACAGUGAGGAUAAUGGAGACUUCCAGCCCAUAGAGCUGCCUCCUUUUGAAAUUGUCACUGGGGAGCGGAUGAGCCCGUUCUACUUCAAGUUUCAAUUCAGGAAUGUGGAAUACUCAUCGGGCAGGAACAAAACAUUCCUGUGUUUUAGAGUGGACACACCAGGAGGCAGUGCAGAGCCUCUGAAAGGCUACUUGGAGGAUGAACAUGCCACAGCCCACGCCGAGGAGGCCUUCUUUCAACAGGUUCUCCCAAACUCCUCCAAGGAAUAUGAUGUGACAUGGUACGUAUCAUCCAGUCCCUGUGCAGGUUGUGCAGCCAAGCUGGCCAACAUCCUCCAGCAACGCAAGAAGCUACGCCUUUCUAUAUUCUGCUCCCGUCUCUUUGAGUGGGAGGAACCAGAAAUAGUGGAAGGCCUAAAAGCCCUGGUACAGGCCGGCUGCAAGCUACGGAUGAUGAAACCCAUUGACUUCCUGCAUGUUUGGGAAAUGUAUGUGGAACAGGAAGGUGAGGUCUUUACACCUUGGGAGGAUUGCCAGGAGAACUACGAGUACUAUGUGGAGAGACUGUCCGAUAUUCUGAAGUAGAUGUCCAUCCUGACUGAACCAGAAAGCAGCCUGCUUUUGAAAUGAUCACUGUUUGUUUUUCUUUAUUUGCUCUCACAUCUGAUGCUGCAGAUCAAUUUUGAACUGAAAGAGCACAUUUUUAAAAAACUUUUUAUUUUCAAAAAACGAUAUACAAAGGUACAAGAUUUGUAGAUAAAUAUAUCAAACAAUUUUCAGGUUGUUCCUUUAUAAGAGCAAAGCAAAUACAUUCAUCAAUGAACCAAUAAAAAAAAAAAAACUGGAAAAAGUUACACUGACAUCUGCUGUCUGUUUGGAGAACUGAAGCAAAAAGUGAAAUAUAAGCAAUGAUGCAACUUUACAUUCAAUCUGUUUUAAUAGGCUAUAUAUGCAAUAUACAUCUGGAUAGUCUCAUUAGCCAUGUAAAAGUGCUCACAAGGAAAAAUAAAACAAUUUGCAUUAACAACUUAUACAUGUUCAUGUAAGGCGCAUAAUAGCUGACACUUCAGUUUGAACUGAGCUGGACUAGCAACAUGCUGAGGUUUACUGAUAGCCUCACUGAUGCCACUGAUGUAUUUAGAAUAUAUUUAACUUCCAGUGAACAACAUUUUGAGGUUUGUCUCAACCAAAAGAAUGUUGAGGUCAUCUCCUGUUCAUUGUAGAAAGGAAACCAUGGCAGUACCAUUUUCUGUUGUCUCUUUUCCAUUGGCUGUUACAGCUAAAGAAAAAAAAAAAAACAUGCAGAAAGAGCAAUCAGUAAAUUACUUUGUUUUGCAAAGCAUUAUCAUCCUUAUCAGAGCGUUUCAUUGCAGAUUAAAGUACCUUGCUCCUCUGGCGAAGUUAUUGGGAGUGGCGUUGUUUCAGUACAGCUUGUAGCAUUCUCUUCCCCUUCUGCACAACAGAUAAAAAAAUGGGUUUAAAUCUUGUCAGUUAAAAUUUGGAAAAUAAAAUUUUAGUACAGGUUCAUGCUUCGGACUAGUCACCAAGAGAUUAGUUCAUAAUGUUUGUUUUUCUUUUACCUUUUGCGGGUGGAUUCACAUCUGCAUCAGUAAUGUACUCAACCAGAGGGCAGGGAGCAUCUGCAGAAAAAAUGGAAAGCAAUUUGAACCUAAAUGUUUGAAGCGGGUAAUAAAAUAUGAAGCAAACUUAAAAAAGAAAAAAAAAAAAGAAACAAAAAUAUCCUUAAAGUGAAUCACAAACUGGGUGGUGUGAAGCAUACUGAGAAAAAAUGCCUCCACACCCACAAAACCACACGAGGUGGGGUCUGCUUACCAUUUCUGUCCUUUAACUGAGCCAUGGUGAGAAACAGAUUCGCUUCAUCUUGCUUAUCAUCCGCAUCAGCUGCAAAGAAAUAAAAAUUGAAUAAAACUU